AGCUAAAUCCCGCCACCGUCGGCCAAGAGGUCAACGCCUCCCGAUCCGGAGCCGAGCCCGUCUGUCGCAGGUGAGGUGCAUCGAAUUUGCGUGCGUAUCCCAAAUUCCAGCGGACGGAGGGAGACGGAUGGGUGCACGCACGAGCCACGCACGCGCGUGCGUGCGUGCAGCUGCGCGUCGUUGGGGAGACAGUUGGGCGUCGCCCCGCCCCCGCCGCAGCUGCCAACUACCCGGCACCUGACCCUCUUCCCCCCUUCCGUUCCCCAGCCAAGCCAAGUCCGUUGCGUCCUCCCUCAUCUUUCGCUCCUGAGACCACCACCGGAGGCGAGGGGAGGGAGGGCAGAGCACGCACCCACACCGCACGCCCUUUGGAUGCGGCUGACCCUCUCCGGCCGGGCUGACCCACCACCACCAGCGUUCCUCUUCCGUCCCCGACUCGGACACCCCCUGCCCGCUACAACUCCCAAUCCGGCUCCAGCUCCCUCCCCUUUAUAUACCCACCGUCUCCCUCUCCUCCUCCCAUCACCAGUAAAGCAGUAAGCAAUUCCACUCCCGCCGCCACCUCCCUCUACUCCGGCGCUCUCUCGGACGCUCCGGCAUACAUACGUACUUACAAGCGAAAGCAGCCAGAGCCAGCCAUGUGCCCCGGGGCGCCGGUCGCGGCGGCGGCGUCGGACAAGAGCGUGUGCGUGAUGGACGCGUCCGGCCCGCUGGGCCAGGCGCUCGUGCACCGCCUCCUCCGCCGGGGCUACACCGUCCACGCCGCCACCUACGGCCGCUCGCUCGACGCGCUGCCGCUGCUCGCCGCCGCCGGCCACGACGAGGACCGGCUCAAGCUCUUCCGCGCCCACCCCCUCCACCACCCCCCCCCCCCCCGCCAUUACUACUAA